UCGAACAGAGAGCACGCAUCGUCGCGAACGAACCACGAACUUUCACGACACGAUUGGUACAUUAUACAGCUACGUUUAUAGUGAACUUUAUUAAAUAAUUAAUUUAUAAUAAUAAUAGUGGUAUUAAGUUUAAUAAAAUAAUAAAGAGUUAUUUUAGGUAGAGUUAGUUUCUAUUUAGUGAAAGUACAGCUCGGUGUUAAAAGUGUUUGUGAAACGUUUCAAACUUAAUAGUGUUGUAAAUGAUCAGUGUUUAAUUAUAAAAGAAAUGUGUUUAAAUAAAUCGAAGCAUUGAAAAGUUCCUGCUAAUAAAACCACAAUUUCAGUGAAGACAAAAUUGAUUAUUAAGAAAAAUACGUUUUUUUUCCAACUAGAAAGUGGGUUCAUAAUCUUCAAAGUAGAACUCUGGGCGGGAUUACAAAAGUUUAUCAACGAGUGUUAUGACAAACUUUAUGAAUAAAAGUUCCUAAGUAACUGGCGAACUUACCUGGUCUCUUAAUUCUAAGUACACAUUAAAAAAGUAGAUGGAUGAAGACUUCAACUCGAGUUCUGACAACAUUAGGGACUGGAGCAAUUUAUUCUUUGUGAAUGAGGAGAAGAUGUGAGCGGGGUCAUGGAGGAGUGUCCGGACUGCGUGUUGUACGCAGCCGUCAACGACAGCCUCAACAACACUGCCAACACCACUUCCAUCAACAAGUUUUACUUCUACCAGAGCGCCCAGUUGGCAGUACUAUGGGCAUUAUUGGUGGCCAUAGUGGCGGGAAACACGACGGUAGUGCUGGCUCUCCUACUCAACAAGACCAGGAAGAGCCGUAUGAACUUUUUCAUCAUGCAGCUAGCUAUAGCUGAUCUCCUAGUUGGAUUAAUAAGCGUACUGCCAGACCUGAUACAACGGAUAACAAUUACGUGGUUUGCAGGAUCCAUAACCUGCAAAGUGGUUAAGUAUUUACAGGGUGUAGUAACAUAUUCAUCAACCUACGUACUAGUGGCACUGAGUGUGGACCGAUGUGACGCCAUCACUCAUCCUAUGAAUUUUACUGGGAGUUGGCGUAGAGCAAGAGCUCUCAUAGUCGCGGCGUGGUUCAUCAGCUUCGCAUUCUGCGUUCCCAUGCUGAUACUCUUUGACAAGCAGGAAGUAGAAGUGGGCACAGCACCGGGGUCUCAACUGACCCAGUGUUGGGCAAGACUGACCAACUUCCAGUGGCGGGUGUGGGUGACCAGCGUGUUCGUGUCACUGUUCGUGGUACCAGCAGUGACCAUCUCAGCGUGCUACGGUGUCAUAGUGGUCACCAUCAGGCAGAAGAGUCGCCGCGUGCUUGGAAAAAGGACCACUGUUAAUAGGCAAUACAGUGAUGACUUAGAAGGUAGACGAGCGAGCAGCCGCGGCAUCAUCCCUAAAGCGAAGAUCAAAACCGUGAAGAUGACAUUUGUCAUCGUUUUUGUGUUCGUCCUAUGCUGGUCGCCGUACAUGAUCUUCGACCUGCUCCAAGUGUACCAGUACAUCCCGGACACGCAGUCCAAUGUAGCCAUCGCCUCCCUAAUCCAGAGCCUAGCUCCUCUCAACUCCGCUGCCAACCCUGUCAUCUACUUCAUCUUCUCUAACAGGAUCUUUGUUGGUCUCAGGAACAUCCCUCCAUACAAAUGGCUGUGGUGCUGGAUGAAGGGCGGGGAGAGUCCAGCUGGCAACGAGUCCAGAGCACACACCGAGCUUCUGACGUCAUCGCAUCGCAGGACCAGGCAUGACCUUACUGUAAGGGUAAAAGAAGACAGCUUGAAGUUUCCAAAACAACGUGUCCACAGCAACAGCACCAACUCCAAGAAAGUUCGUCUUCAUCUCCCUGACAAUCAUCAGAUGAACAACAAUUGCCACGCCCCUCAGAGAAGAGAAGAUACCUUCUUGUAGUCUACAAGCAGGUUCUAAACGUUCUUCUGGUAUAUCACCAGCUAAGAAUGUUGACGUAUCAAAUGAAUUUGUAAAUAUUACUGUGACUUCUAAAGUGUUUGGUGUUUUUCCUGUGAUUUUUUGAUUAAGAAAUUUAAUUUUAUAAUUUGUAGUAUCAAUAAUGUUGGUUAAGAUAUAUUUUAGAUUAUUAUAUUUUAGAAUUUUUUACUAAAUUUUUAAUCCAACAUGCAAUCACUCUUUUUAAAUAUUUAAUUGUCAUUAUUUUACAUUUUACGCUUCUUUAGGCAUUUGUGAUGAUAUCAAUCUUUUUUUCUUAAGACUACAUGGUUCUAAUCAUCAUAUUCUAUUUUAAGGUUUGAUAAUCUAAUACCUCGUCAUAAUAAUUUAGCAGUAUUGUCUCAUAAGAGCGAUAUACUGUAUACAAUACGAUCGUAUAUUCAAUAUAGUUUACCUUCCUAUUGUGUUUGGAAUGUUCAGGUUCAUUGCCUUCAAAUGGAGCGAAUCUAUCUUCCUCAAUAUGUAUAGUUGUAUCAUCAGUAUUACCAUCUUCUCUUGUAUUCGCAUUGUCCCUGGACUUAAUGUGUUGUAUAAUUGAAUUCGGAUCAAUUACUUACUUGGUUGUGUCAAGGCGUUGAUUUUCAAUCAAAGGUGGACUUUCGGGUGCGAGAAGUUAGGCUAUUUGAAUUGUGGUUCACUUGUUCACUUGCGCAUGCUGUGUGAACUAAUAUGACGUGUUAGAAAUUACGUGGCUUUUUAAAGCGAUAAGAAUUUUGUAAUCAUUUUAGAAAUAUAAAUCUUUAUUUCAAAACAGAACGUAGAUGUCAAUAAAAAUAUGUUAUUAUAGUUACCAAAGAAUUUUAAAGAAUAUUAUUAUCUAACGAAUUAAAUAAGAAGUACUGUUCAGAACUUAUAAAGUUAAGGCACAAUUAAGGUCACAAAGUUAGUAUGUACGUAGGUAAUAUAAAUGUCAUAUGACAUAAAAUGUGAAUAAUAUUUUACAAUUCUUGCUGUUCGUGCAACAGUUAAACGUUUCCGUCAUAAAACUUAUGAAUUUUUCGAUAUUUUAGAUGACAGGAAUUUUACUAGUAUAAUUUAAAAGUAAUAUUUAGUUUCACAUCUCCAUCUCUCUCCGAUGCAUUAGCUUGUGUAUUCCGUCUCACAUACAUCGCUCUCUAGAUAAUAUUUAUCAUCCCCCUAGCAUUAUUAUGUUUUUACAGGGUCCGCUUACCUAUCCUGUCUGCCUGUCUGGCCUUCCAACCCGCAAAGGGAAAACCAGCCCAAUACAGAUUAGGUCAUACCUCCGAAAAUGCAUUUCUCGGGAAUGUGGUUUUCCUUACGAUGUUUUCCUUCACCGAUAAGCACGUGACAGACAGUAUUUAUAUAUUAUAUGAAUUAAAGUAAAAUUUAUCAAGUAUAGGUACCUCAGUUUGUUUAGUCUGGCUACUAUUUACUUAAGUACGUAGCCGUUACAUGAGGCUCAAUACACCACUAAUAUCAGGGUUGAUGCGGUCUGGCAUUGAUCUUACCUAAAAUACCUAACGUCCUGAGCAGGGCCACAAGUAAUUAUUAAAAUAAUCAAUUAAUAUCGGAUGGAUUACAAAUAUUCCCGAUUUUCGUUUUAAGAUGAAUAUUAAAGUAUUCAUUCUUCUUUCGAUCUUACGAAAGGCUAUUUUUAUUAAAAAGCAAUCUAAAUAUACACAACGGCGCUAAUUCCAAAACACACCAUCGAAUAUUAUUUUAAGUUUUAUCUGCAAUUUUAUUAUCUGCCGAAAAGGAAAGGGACGGGUAAUCGACACGCAUAAAACUUAUGGAACACACGUCAAUUUUAGGCACCAAUCCAAAACAAUACUCUAAAAAUUGACAUUGGCCAAUAACCGUGAAAGAAUUAAGUUGACAGCACACGUUACGUCAAACGGUUUGCAUACCAGCGAGAUACCUAUUUCAUUCGCCCGGGAUAUUCAUUCAUACACUCAUUCGUUUUAAAAUUAACAACUGUCAAUGAUCUGUCCCUUUCCUUUUUGUGGACAUGACAAUGACAGGUAUAACUUAAAAUAAAAUUAGGUGGUGUCUAUAGGAAUUAGUACCUAUGUACACAGCAAAGAGUGAUUUUUAAAUAUUAAAAAAUGUCUUCAGCCUGGCAACAAUAGGUAUAAGAAACAAACCCUUGUGCAUUCAAAAGUCAAACGCAUGUAGCAUAAUUUCAUUGUUUAAGAAAUUAACUUUAAAGAAUAUUAAUUACGUAAGUAUAUAAAAAAUUAUGUAUAACUAAAGUAUAUGUACAGUCAGUACUAUAAUAUAAGUAUACGGGAAUAUUAAGGCAGGAAUCCUGACACCAGGGUUGAUAAGAUCAGUCAUUGAUCUCACAACCACACGAUAGAAAUAGAAGCAGGAAAUAUCAGGGAACGUGGUUUUUUACGAGUAAUAUAGGGUAUAUAUCUAAAUACCAUAAUAUAUUAUAUAUUAUAUAUAAACUUUACCAAUUAAUUUGUUAGCAAAAGCGGUCAGUGUAUAAGUUAGGAAUAUUUAACUAAGUACUAUACUUAUGUAGCACUUAAUAUUCUUAAAUAUAAUUUUAUAUUGUGAAAACAAAGUACAGGGACUUAGAAUUGGCUAAUUUUUCAAAUUUGUCUACAUUUUGUACGACGAAUAGAUCUCGAUACUUGAAACCAAAAAGAAAUGUAAAUAGGUACUUAGAUAGGUAGUGUUUGUGUAUUUCAAUGUCUCAUAUUAAAAUGAUUUCAGUCAGGAUUCUUUGUGCUUAAAAUUACAUUGAAAACUAUUGUUUCAAUACAAUCACUAAAUGCAUUGAUAUUAUAAUGUCCACUUAGAACAAAGUACAAACAAUUCAAAAAUAACUAUGUCUAUUAUCUUAACGCCUAAAUCACAAACCCGAAAUGAAUAAAAAUUAGAACACAGGCUAAUAGAAACCCAGAGACAACCCUAGCCGCUCGUUCUUUCCGGGAUCUAUGUACGUUACGUUAGCCAUAUAGAGCAAUUUUCAAAUUGCAAUUCAAAAAUAAAUCUUUAUUCAGUAGGUAGUUACACUUUGAAUCAUCACUUUUUACGUAACGAAUAUCUCAUCUGCCUAAAACUGCUCCAGCGUCUCAGAACCUGUAUAGCUAGGGAAAAGAAGCUGCAAGAAAAACCUCGGCACAGGGUCCUAGACAUUCUUUGAAAAAAGAAACAAUAACAACCCUGACAUCAGGGUUGCUGAGGUUAAUCAUCCACCUAACAACCCACAGAAGAUGUAUAAUAAUUAUUACGUCAUCCUACUUUACUUCAAAGCAUCCUGACUUAGGUUGUAAAAGUUCUUUAGAUAUAAUGUGCCAAAGUGUAAGAGUUAAACUCUACAUAUUGUGUAACUUGAUAUAAGUACUUGAAUGUUUAUGUCUAUUGUCUACGAUAUACUUAAAUAAAGAUAACACAACAUGACACAAGUGCAUAAGAAUAAAAAUCAAUUAUGGAAUUAUAA